AGCCUCGCAGCAGCAGCAGCUGGUGCAGCCGAGGAGCGACGAGGCUACUUUGUUACAGCGGAGCUACCGGAGAGCAAACGCCAGAGCGGCGGAUUCUCUCUGAAAAGUGUGAACAGUUUGGUGAAAACGGCUCAACCGAAGGCCCGACGGCGGGAAUCUGUCGGUAGCGGCUGUUUUAUGACCUCGCUGGCGGAUCUAAACUUUGCGUUUUCGCCGACAAACGGAGGUCUUUCUCAAAGUUGAGCCGAAGAGGACUUCUCUCAUUCAGGAUGUCGGACUGAGACAAAGGGGUCUGGGGGGCAUUCCCGUCGGAGCGGUAAAACUUGACUGUUGAAGCCUCCUCUGAAUGGGAAAGAUGGAGAGGGAGUUGCAAUGGUGGAAAGGACAGCUAGCUGCAGAUAUCCAUCAGUCCCUCCGCAUCAAGGAGCUGAAGUUACCGGUCUACCGGGCCCACUCUCCGCAGAUUGGCAUGCGGCGAUACUUCGCAGACUUGUUGGCCAUUCUGAGCAAUCGCUACCAGCUAUGUCCCACAGCGCGUCACUUGGCUGUCUACCUGCUGGACCUGUUCAUGGACCACUAUGAUGUGGCUGUCAAGCAGCUCUAUGUCAUUGCUCUCUCCUGCCUGCUGCUAGCUAGUAAAUUCGAGGAGAAAGAGGACCGGGUUCCCAAACUGGAGCAGCUGAACUCUCUGGGCUUUAUGUGCAGCUUGAACCUCGUCCUCAACAAGAGGGAUCUGAUCAAGAUGGAGCUUCUGCUGCUGGAGACGUUCGGCUGGAAUCUGUGCAUGCCCACGCCCGCCCACUUUAUUGACUACUACCUCCAUGCCUCGGUGCAGGAGGGCGACCUCUACAACGGCUGGCCCCUGUCCUCCCUGUCCAAGACCAAGGCUUUCAUGGACAAAUACACUCACUACUUCCUGGAGGUUUCACUACAGGACCAUGCCUUCCUGAGUUUUAGACCAUCCCAGGUCGCUGCCGCAUGCGUAGCAGCGUCUCGCAUUUGCCUUCAGAUUUCCCCAAGCUGGACGACCGCCCUGCAUCUACUAACAGGCUACACAUGGGACCAUCUGACCCAGUGUAUUGAACUCAUGCUGCUUGCUCAUGACAAUGACGUGAAGGAGGCAAACAAAACCAAGUCCACCCCUCCUCACCGGCCCUCCUCUCUGCAGUCACAGCCCCAGACCUCUCACCUCUCUCCAGUGUCAGCCAUACAGAGGCCGGCGUCCUCCUCCUCCUCCACCUCCUCCUCCACGCCACAGCUGCUCUUUCACCCAGAUGGCUUCCCACAUCUUUCUCAGCAUUCCCCGUCCUUCACCCAGCUGCAAGCGCUAGCCGAGUCCCAGGCCCUGGGCCCCGUGGUGAACAUGUCUCAGGACUUUCUUCAGAGCCACAGGAUGGGCCUCCUAGCCGGGGCUCCGACCAUCACCCCCGCGGCGGCGUUCCCCACCUACUCGAGCCUGACCUCAGGCCUCCAGCCCGGCGCUCGCGCGCUGCCGCUCCAGGGCCCCAUUUCGGUGCAGAUGGCCCUCGCCGGAGAGCCACGGCACUGCCUCAGCAUGGCCUACAGCGGGGGAUAUCUCGGCGCUCAUCACACGUUCGCCGCCGGCUGCUUCGACAGGUGACGCCAGGAGACGGAGAGGGAACACAAACCCCAAAGGGAGCCCACCGUUGUGCUCCCUACCCAACUCCCUGCCCCGAAACACCCACUUACAGACCUCCUCUCUCUCUCCGUCGGUGCCGCAACACCUUCAGCUUGUCCAGCCCCCACGUCCCUCACUCAGAGACGCCUCAAGCGCAAGCAGAGGUCCAAAAGCAAGGCAGACCCGGUGGAAGUCAUCACGCUGACGUGACGAAUGCUCCACUGCCUCGCACGAAAAAUCGGAGGCUCUGCCAUAUUCAGAACUGGAUUUCUAAAUCUAUGUGUUAUUAUGAGACUGUCAUCACUGUGAAUGAGAUGAAAGCAGCAGCAGUGUGAUCUAACACCCACCUCAUUCAGUGCCUGUUCUCAGUUAUAGCUGAGCCAAUUUUAGAAGUGCACAGAACACAAAGUAUGUGUGAUAAGCAUAUCUUGCUGCUUGACAUUUUAUUUCUAAUCCCAAAAAUUGAAAACAUUUUAUAGAGGAAAAAAUUGGCUGGCGUUGUUUUUUUUUAUUUUAUUUUUUUUUGAGCCACCAUUUGAGAGGGAUUAAAAGAAGAAACCGGGGCUUGUGGCUGACUCGGCGAGGCACAAAGAGGUUGUGUAUGUCGGUGGAAUUUUUGGUUGUGUCUCCCGAAUGCCAGCGAACAUUGGUCCGUCAAGCUAACGGGCUCCUCUGGGAAUUCCUCACAACACAAGACCUCAGAGGGGACGAAGAAAUUCAUUGUUUUGUGCACAGCAGGUGAAGUCCGCAGCUCGAUCAGGCCUGCAGUAUUUUCUUUUCUUUUUUUUUUCCCUCCUCCUCUCUCGUCAUCUUUCUCUCUCUCUCUCCAAAGUCGAGCCUAGAGGCAGAGCCCUCACACUUGCAAGUAAAAAUGUGGCCGUCUUGCAGCUGCAGGCUUCGUCCUACUAAAGUUUUAAUUUCACCAGCACCACUCAAAGAAUCGAACGCGAACUGACGUGACUGGACCAGAACGGCGAAAGGAGACGUGGACGUCGGGUUGUGUCGUGUACAUAUGAAUUUGCUGCUGCCUUCUUAACCGUUGGUUCUGUGUCUGUGUAAUGACUCAAAUGUUUACAUGAACCACGAAGUAUCAGGGACUUUAACAAGAUUACUUGAAUAUAAUGCCAUUGAAACAUGCCAUAGCUUUUAUUUAUGACGACUCAUUUUUGUUAAUUAAUUUUUUUUAAUUUUUUUUUUUAAUAAUGUAGUUUAGCUUUUUUAUACCAAUUUAGAAACCCAACAUUGGUUAAUUAUAGCUUCUUUAUACCUGUUCAUAGAAACUGUUUAAUUCAGGCUCAGGUUGUGAGGCCGAAGCUAGCGGCCUUCCUUUAUUCUGUGCUAUUAUGCUUUAAAGUGGAUGCUAAUUCAGCAUCCGUGGAGUCUGCAAUAUUCCCCUUCUUCAUCACUGGACAGUACAGCUCAGUAAAUGCAUGCGUGGAGCAGUUCUGUUUGCUACACAGUGGAACAAACCCGUGGUCACUGGUUUCACACACACACACAAACAUCUGCAGCCAGUCGUCUGUAAUUGCUUCCCAGAUUUCUAAAGCUGCUGUCCCCAAUCUUCCACAUCCUGUUCGAGUAUAAACACAUCCAGAUUCCCCGUGCUGGUCACAAGGGUUGCCCGCUGGUUACCAUGGCGAUGCCUUAAACGUGCAGACCCUUAGUUCUGGGGUGUUGCCAGCUGCAGCGAAUUAGAUCUAUAAUUAACGAUUAAUCUGCUGCGGCGUCUGUGAUGUUGCCGACGAUGUUUUUGAAAUGAAUGACAUUUGAAAAUGAAUUGGAGCCCGAGUGGACACUGCACGUUUUAUUUAACCAGCCACGUAAAAAACUCCACUAUAGAUAAUUCACAGUCUUGUAUGGCAAAUCAAGCUGGAAUAGGGAAAUAUUCGGCAUUUUUGAAAACUGCAAAUCUAGACAACCAAUCAGAGUCUUCUUAGGUUUGUGGAGAAUUGUGAACUUUGCUCUGGAAUGAAUUAGUGAUAACUUGGACGUACUGGCUGCAGUUUAUUUUAAUAUCCUGUAAUUCAAACGUUUCUCUUCUACACCUCAAACCAGUGUUUUCUGUGGACACUGCAUCCUCUCAUGUUAAUGCCUCGCGCUCGGCUGCUGUCAGGCUUUAAUCUUAAAUACGUAAACGUGUACAGACGUUUCUCAGAUAACGCUACAAAAAAAAAAAAACCCGCUGCACUCAGAUUAAAAUGAUCAAAAGUCCUUUACAGCUAGACAUCUGUUUGUUUCCCUCCACUGGAAGAGACGCUUGAUGCUUUUCAGUGACAUGAAGUAUGAUACUAUGCCUUUUGUUUUUCUAACCUUGUGUACAGUUUUGUUGUUUUCUACAUUCCGAUUGAUUUCAUUGUAUUUUAGUUCAAACUUUUUGUGAUUUUUUUUUUUUUCCUGAUGAAAGCUGUUGUUGUGAACUAGUUUUUUUUUGUUGUUUUUUUUUUCGGUUUGCUCUUUCCUCACAUUUCACGAGCAACUCCUUAUCGAGGUGUCAAAGGUGCAAUACGUUGUUUUUCUGUUGAAACUGACCACAGCCAUCACUGUCUCGUGUAUACCACUGGUUCAUCUUUUGUAACUUAUUUUUUGAUAAUUGUGUGAUUUGACUUGCUGUAGCUUCGUCUCCUGUAGAGGGCAGUGGGCUCUGAACACAAUGAGUAUGUUGCAUAUUGCAGCCACACGCUUUGAGUGAUAGUUAUUACUGAAUGCUUUUUUUGUCUUUUAGCUAGUUUUUACCGUGCAUUCGUCCCUCCCCGUGAACGGCGCCGACGCCCCUCACACCAAAACAACGCUAAUGUGAUAGUAACAAAACGACACCACAAACUUCCAAUUUAUAUUUUUAUAUUCUUUUGUAACGACCUGUAGUCUUGGUUUAUGUGACACUGAAUGAUUAAAAAUGACAUUUUUUUUUCUUUUCAAUCAUAAAGUGCCAUGAAAAAAAUAAACACACAUGUGAGCUGA